GUAGGAGCUAUUGAUUAUCUUCUCUAACAAUUUCAGAAACAAUAUUUAUUUUUGAUGAUAGACGAACUUAGCCACCUGAGUUACCUCACCACAUACUAUAGUGAACUUACCACGAAACAGUUCGUCGAGUCUGACCCAAGAUAUGUACCUUUCCGGAAUUUCUUCCGUAUUUUACGUGAUUUGUUGAUUACAGGGAAGGUAAUUGUCUAUUUGGCAGGUCGGACUGCUGAAAUCUCAGCCCCCCUGUCUGAUGCUCGCUCCAGUAGUGUGAGUCUCCAUAUGUUGCGGUUGAAUCCCUUUAACCUCCAUGAUAUUAACGAAUAUAUUGAGCUGGCAACUUAUAGUGGAAAGUCCUUGAAGGACUGGUUAUUGCCCUCCGAUGAUUUACGACAUCGAUUCGUAGAAUUGUUGAAAAAGAAGACAGGAGGUAUUCCGUUGAUUGUAAGGAAUACUUUAUUAGCCCUAGUAGAGAAAGUUUCAAACUUAUCGCAACCUGUUAUCAACGCUGAAAAUAUGGAACUUUUGUUAGAUAGUGUCUUUAGCUCUUUACUACUAGAGUCAGUAACGUUUAUUAUUCCAGAGAUACUAGAUUCCGCAACCCUUCUUCGAUAUCAAUUUGUCCUUUUGAAUUAUCAACUCGGAACGAUUUUCCCAAUCGGAUUUGCAACUACUCUAUGUGGAACGAGAACUUAUUUGAUGGACUUGGUUGCAACUUUUGGGUUUUAUUCUGAAAUUUGUGAAACUGACGGGAUUGAUUUGGGCACUAAAUUCAAGAUUGGUUGUUGUGAAUUUAUAUUGAGAGCUCAUAGCAACUAUAACUUUUUCCGUGAGGCUACUGAACUCUUUCCUUUAUCUCCGUUUAGUUAUAUUCCCGACACUGCAACAGCAAAAGGAGUCUUCUUUGAAUUUAUAUUUAUGAAGAUCUUUCGUUUUCGCUUAUUAACUUUUCUUCAUUCUAGUUCCUCGCCUAUUGUACAUUCUGCUAUUCCAGGAAUUUUCCAGGGUUCCUUUAUUGAACAGGACAAUAUUUCUUAUUCUAUGGAAUCAACAAAAUCUUAUGAUAUACCCAUCUUGAGAAAUUGUACUAGAUAUGAUCAAUCUGUAGGUUUCUCUACUGAAGAACAGAACAUUGUUGAAGACGCAAGUCGUUUUGUGACUCAACAUUCUUCGGGAUCAACUUUGAAUGAAAGUAGUCGAUCAUGUCUGCAAUUGGUAAUUGUUUCUCAAAGGAACCUUGAAAUAUAUUUGGGAAGAGAUAAUGUCGAAACGUUGAGGAAAAUUGGGGAAGCAAACCGAGGAGAGUUCAGUAAAAACUUUUCAGUAUGGUGUGAAACUGUCUUUGAGUCGAUGUCCAAUGAAUAUGUUUCGCCUUUGGAGCAAUCAAAUGUUACUUUACGAGUGGCUCGAAAUAUAAGACCGAGAACCAAUGAGGAGAAUAGGAUGCAAAUGGAAGAGCUUCAAAGUGCUAUGCAAGUGGAAGGAGGAGAUGCACGAGGCGAACAAAGGGUUGCAGCAUCGAGUUCUUUGUCUUCGUCAUUUGAUUGGAAUACUUUCCUAAGAGAAUAUUGUCAUUUUACGGAAGCUCCUUUAAUUGAGCGUUAUGCUCAUCAAUUGCGAUUGUUUAGCCCACUAUCUUUUCCUUACUUGAAUGACACACGUUUAUCUCGCUAUGGUAUAGCUCCACAGGACAUUCCAUUGAUAGUUGACGGAAUACAUGAGUUUCUUGAGCAACAAUCGAUGAACGUGGAUCUUGUUGAAAGAUAAACUUUUUCAAGGCUGGAUUAUUGUGUUUCUAAAAUAAAACUAUAGUUUGAAGA